AUGUUGCACUCAAAACUAACUCCCAAACGGAGUUUUGUUGGACAAGGAUUUGUCACUGGAGAAGGUUGGCAAUUUUUUAAAAUUUUUAGAGACAGUCUAACGCUCUAGUAGUAGUAACUUCUUUUAAAAAUAUAUAUAUAUAUUUUGUGGAGUGCAAGGAAUCUAGGAAAUAUGAAGAAGGGAUCCUUGUCAUACACGUAAACCAAAUGACAGGAACUCUCUUUUUUUUAAUUUGUUAUUUUCAUUCAACAUUGAUUUCCUUUAAUUUGUCGUCCUGUUAGUUUAACAGCUUCCCUUCUUCCUCCAUGAAGUAGCCACUAAAACCUUCAAAAAUACACGAUUAAAGUAUGUAUGCAUUAUACAUUAAUAAGAUACGUGUUUGGAUUAAAUGAAACGCGGUCGUGGAGAUGUCAAAAUUCAAACGCCCUUUUAUGAUAGAGGGUCAAUUUUCAAGGAUUAGAGCAAGAUGACUGCCUGAAUUUUGAGCCAGAUGAAUUGUUUUAUAACCAUUUACCCGCUUGUGUCUUAUUCAUAGCUCUGGCAACUCUGGUCGAAGAAUAUAUUCAAGCUGCAAAUUCACCAGGGGCUGUUCCAGUUGUUGAGAGUGCAUGGAACGUGUUUACCAAAACAAAAUGUACUCAGACUCUAAACGAUGCUAAAGCUCUGUACGAGUAAGUACUACUAAAAGACUUGCCUAAAUAAACCGGAAUUUCUAUACGCGCGCAACUCUGCUUCCAUAAUGACUCCGUUUCCGAAGCGGCGAUCUUUUUAGUCAGCACCACAAGUGUUGUAAGGUUGACCUUGAGCCUAUUUCAUUUGGGUUUGCGCAGAAACUCAUUUCCGUUGGCGUUUUUUUGUUGUUGUUGUUGUUAUUUGCUAUCCCAAGUGAUCAGAUCUCAGAAAAGAUGGUUUUCUUCUACACUCGGAGAAUCGCUUGAUCAGUGCAAAAGAAUUGCAGCUCUGUAACCGAAAACUAUAGAUACUUGCUGACUUGAAAUAUGCAGAAACACCGAAGGAAUUUAUUUCUGCUGUGUCCGUUGAUUACAGCUCAGGGAAUAAGAUCUGAGAUCAUAGUCGAUUCCUUUCGGCAGUAUUUCAAAUUUUUUAAUUUCUUGAUUCAGUGGAGGGAUACGAGAGUUCAAAGAAAAGGUGUGUCUUCCCUGUGACGACAGAAAGAUUCGCAAUGCUCAUCAAGAUUAUUUGUUGGAAGCUCUAACUUUUUUUGAGACUGAAGCAGAGGACACGGCUGUAAUGGCCCGGUGGAUGUACAUCGAGGAGUUAGCGGUAAAUAAUGAGUUCGAUGUAGAUAUUUAGAUUCAUUAAGCUGAUCUUUAACCAACAAAGAGUAACUAUAUUUAGCUUGUUUAUAGCUGUACGUUUGCUUAUACCACAUUUUCAUAACUUAAAUAAAAACAACAAUAAUAACAACAUCGAUAGACAAACGGCUAUAGCAGUGCUGCCUGACGAGAAGCUUUCGCCUAUAUUCUCCAUUGACAGUUAAAAGAGAAACUACAGAUUCCUGCCAGCUAUCAUAACCUAUUCAUUAUAAUUUUCGCGCGAUUCUACUGGCUACUAAACAUCACGUCGUAUCAGCUCCUAUCCCUUAUCAAAUUGUGAUUGAAAUUGGCUUUGAUCAUUCUUAUUCUUUUAGUAAAACAAACAUUAUAAGAUUUCUCUUACAAGACAAAGUCGAGGAAAGUGUAAUCAAGAAUACUUGGGUCAUCCUACUUGCUACUUCUGUGGUUCUGUAUGGUCAAUUAUUUUUCACGCUUGUUAAUUGCUCACUCUAUAUUCCAACAUUAAUCUUAUCUAAAGAUCAUCCAAAUUGUUUGUUCUUCAUUUUACCCUUUUGAGGGAAUUAAGGAUGGUGAACUCAUGGUGCAAUUGCCGCUCUCGCCCUGUAGCCCGGUGUGCGAUUCCUGAUUCUGCUGGCAUAUGUAGGAAGAGUUUGUUAUUGGUUUCCUUCCUUUCUUUGAGGGUCGUGUUCUUCCUUCCACGCAAAAAUCACUCCGAUCUCCUUUGCCGCCAGUGGAUUAACCCUUUAACUCCCAAGAUCUCAUUAACAAUUCUCCUUACUGUCUGUCAUAUAAAUCUUGUGAUGUUGGUUUGAAGCAUUUGGUAUUGGAUCAGCUAAUAAUCCCUUAUGGUCACUCAUGGGAGUUAAAGGGUUAAGAAACACUCUGUAAAUGUGCCACUGCUGAAUUGUAUUAUUUCUAUAUCACUAGAACUAUACAGACGAAGCUGAGAGUGCUUUGCUAAGAGAGAACAACAAUCUGACUGAGGAACAGUGCAGUGACCUGAUGAAAACGCUACGCGUGGUGUGGUUGGACCCAGUCCUCAAAGAUGUCCAUGAUCCCAAUGAUCACGAAUUCUUGAUUUUGGAAGAGCGUUUGAGGUCUGUUUAUCAGAAACUUGACAGUGACUUCAAGCAACAGGCCAAAGGAGACAAGAGCUUAUGUUCAAACCUGGCUUACAUCUAUGAAUUGGUAUGGAUGUUUUUUUUUUUUUUUGUUCAGGUUACAAUGAACUUCCUGUUUCAUACUCUCCCCUCUAACUCCUUCACCUGAUCAUUACCGCGGUCUAUGGAAAGGUUCGGUUUGCUUACUGCAUACACAUAUUGCCCAAAACAACAAGAAAAUAAAUGGCAUACCACGGUCUACAACCAUUUACUUUUUACCAUCAUUUAAAGUAAUAUUCAGUUUGCAGUUUUAAUCAUAAUUCUCGGUCGCGAAACAUAAAUUUUUUUUUUUUCUAGUUUAACGGAAGUUGAUGAAACGUUUUAGGAAUGAGAAAAGGUAACGCGGGGAGGCGUUGCAUAAUCAGGUCUGUAUCUGAGCAACUGCACCUACCCCUUCCCUAACCCAAAAACAGUCAACUGAUGACAAGUAAGGGUUGAUGUUGUUUUAGUGAAGGAGUUGGUGCGCAGUUUCUCAGAUACUGACAUGAUCUGUGUUUCAUUACACUGACAGCAACAUUUUGAAGAGAUGAAGAAACAUCUUGCUCGACUUAGGACAAGGAGGAAGUAUUAUGAAGAUAUCUCCUCCGAGAGAGCAGCGAGAGAAGCUGAGGCUGAGGAGACAGAAAGGCUAAGGGUCAGUUUUUUUCAUAUUUGAGAGCCCAGAUUACCAAGUUAGAUACCUUUCAGGCAGGAGGAAGAAUGAUACACUUUGAACAUUGGUUAUUUAUAUGCGUCAUUCGCUAAGUUUGUUUAGAUUAGUUGUUGUUAAUAUUUGAAAUGGAGGUGACUAUUGGAUUAAUGUUUACCGAACCGCAAGCUAAGGAAAAAUGUUCAUUAGCACAUGAUAGCAAACAAGUACGAUUGCUGAUAUCACGAAGCUCGCUGAGUGUAGAUAUCAAUUAUAAUAAUGGUUAUGAUGCUGCUUUUCUUUCGAUAUGGCUACCUGGAGUGUUAAAGUUUCGACAAACAAUUCUGCUGCUAUUUUAUUAUUGUAUUUUACCCUGAUGAUCAACAAAAAAAUGUUUUUUCGCUCGAAGUACAAGAUUUGAAUAUAAACGAGUUUGGGUUUCUGGAUACUUCCUUUAUCUUAAUUCAAUAUAGCUGAUAACUUUCCUGUAGCAGUAAAAUACAUUUUCAUGUAUUUCAUUGUUACUUAACUUUUUUCUUUUAUUUAUUUUUUCACUUUCAUCUUUUUUUUUUUUAGGAUGAGAACUUGCAUUUGGUAGAGGACAGAAAAGAAAUCGAAGGAAAGGUAAGAGCUUUAGAUAAAACUCUAUCAACUUUUUCAAUUAAAGUUUUUUUAUGAUGUGUUUGUAACAAAGUUGAGAGGAAUCAAAAUUUUUUUAAUUUCGAGUACGAGUCAGUCGCCCAUAUCUUAGCAGAAUUAACUAUCCUUCAUUUAUCUGAGAGGAGAUUUUGAAAAGUACAUUUGGCAUUUGCAGUAGAGUCUUACUACGUCGACUAUUUUAUAGUCUGCAAUGCAUAAUAAAGUUAAGGUAAUAAAUAGGAAGGUUCUCGUUUCCACUCUGUGUUUCGGAGGUGAAAACUUAAACAAAAACUUAAUUUAAUCUUUUCCACUUUUAUUUCACGACAUUCGUUUUACAAGGUGCUGUCUGGUUAAAAGGUAACCUAUACUAAGUAUCUUCAGCGUAAGUCGUGUUUUGAAUUGAUAACAAAAUACAAACCCAAAGUCUUUGUAUCUCAGAUAACUCGCCUAGAGGAGAAGCACAUCGAAGAUCAAAGAAACAUCAAACGCAUGGUUGAAGAACAAAUGCGAACACAGAAAGAGCAGGCCGAAGCUGCCAUAUCCGAAGCGAGGGAAAGAUCGACAGCUGAGAAGGAAAGAUAUUUACGACAACAAAGAGACCUUCAAGCUCAGAUAGAUGCAGCUAAACGAAAACAGCAGCAAGAUGAACAAACCAUAAAGAAUCUGCGAGAUAGACUGAGGAGAAUGUGA